AUGACGUCGACAACGACAACGACGACGACGGAGAGUGGCAACUGUCAGUUGCAGCUGCAGCUGUGUGUGCGUGGGAAUGUUGCAUGGCAGGAGCUACCUGUCCAUUUGCGCUCCGUGCUGCACAACAAUCAGCGCGACUAUGAGAAAUACGUGUUCAACUACAGCUUGAGGAAUCAGUUACGUUUCCGCGGCAAUCUCGCCUCGAAGGUGUUCCGUCAGGAGCAACGCUACUACGAACUGCUUAUCCAAAAGAAUAUCAAUAGCCUCGGCGUCUUUCCCUAUCAUCUGGCCGACAUUGUGACGAAAGGAUUGCGUGUGACACCCUUCAAUUAUUAUCUGGAUGUGCUCAGUCAGCUGCUGCGCAGCGAUAAAAGCUAUGACACUUUACCCAAUUUUACAGCGGCCGAUUGUCUCCGUGUCCUCGGCAUUGGACGCAACGAGUAUUUGGCACUGAUUAGCGAACUGAAGACGCAUACGCCGAGAACGCUGCUGUUCAGUGGCAAGCCAAAUCCGUUGGACUAUUUACCGAGACUGCCGGUGCGCGUUCACAUGGAGCCCUGGUGGCGUUUGGACAUUGGCUAUGUCCUUGAAACGGAUAUACGUCUGGUGACGCCCGGUGAGCGUAGUUUGCUCGAUGAUCUCAUCGAUUUUGGUGCACAGCCGACGGGCAAAUGUGAUUAUCAUGUCGUCCAGAGUCUCUAUCGCAAGGGACUCAUCUAUUUGGAUGUGCCCAUCAGCGGUGAGGAUCGCAUUUCCAUACCGCCAUUGCGUAAUUUUGUCAUGAAUCGUGUGAGUGGCGAUUAUUUUGAGAAUUUACUCUACAAAAUCUUUGUGAGCGCCGAUGAGCACAUGACCAUUGCGGAACUGGCGCAAAUGUUGCAACUGGAACUGGACAGCGUUAAGCAGGCGGUUAGCUUUAUUUGCCGGCUGGGCUUUGCACAGCGCAAGCACACAGAUCAUGAGUCCGGGCAAUAUCAUCCCAGUUGGGCAGACAGCAACGAACAGGAGUUGCCACAGACGCCACAAAUCACGCCGCUCAACUACAAUAUGUAUGCCAGUGGCAGCAAUUUUGACUUGCAACAGCAGCAGCAGCAACAGCAAUCGAGUCCCAAGAGUCCCAAAACGCCAAAGCAGGAGAAGGAUAAAGACAAAGAUAAGGAUAAGGAUAGUAGCUCCAUUGGUUAUCUAUCCUCGGAUGGCAAUACCAGUGACUUUAGCUUUGCCAACAUUACCACGCCCACGGCACCGAAUAACAGCAGCAACACCACCAACAACAAUAACAACAGCGAUGAGCAGGAGCUUAGCUCCGAGCUGGAGGAUGGCAGCGAGCGCACGACAACCACAAAAGCCAAACAACAAACAGCAGCAGCUCAAUCCCAAUCAUCCGCCAAGAGUGGCAAACGCGUUGGCUUCCUCUUCGAUUCGACGCUGACGGCAUUUCUGAUGAUGGGCAAUCUGUCGCCAGGCUUGAAGAAUCAUGCCGUCACCAUGUUCGAGGUGGGUAAAUUGUGCGAGGAGAGCUUGGACAGCUUUUUGGCUGAACUGGAGCAGGUCUCGCUGCUGGAUGCCGAGGGUGAAGGCGAUGUUUCACGCUAUUUUGCACACGCCGUCAUCCUACGUUCGACGAUCUGUUCGCUGCGUCCGCUGUUGCCCGGCGGCUUGGAUCUGUUGCGUCUGGAGUGUCUCGAGGGUCUCGAUUGGCAGACACGGGAUCGUGUGCUCGAGAAGAAGUACAAGCUGAUCAUCUCGGCAACGCCACUGACGGCCACCCUAAGUCACAUGUUCAGCAUUCCGUUCUUUGGACAAUUUGUGCGCAGCUCCGAUGCGACACCCAUGUGGAGCAAGCUGUUCUACAAUCAUAUCACUGGCUAUGGUCCGCCCAGUUUGUUGUUGUGCCGGGGCACGGUGCUUAAAACGCUGCCACGCCUCUUUCUGGGCUAUGGCAAGCUACUGGUGAACAUUCUGCAUUCGGAUGCGUAUGUGCUCAACUCGGAGAACUUUCGCAAUCUGAACGACCAGCUGAAGAACGGCUGUGUCCUGCUGCAGGGCUACGGGAUACGCACCGCCGGCCAGCUACACUAUGAAUCCUUUCCAUUCCACGCAACCGAUGCCAGCCAGGCCAAAUGGGCCAAUCAUCGUGCCGUACAGAAACUGGCCGAGCAUCUGGAUUUGCGCCAUCAAUGUGGAUACAUCACAUUCCUGAACACGGGCGUGCCCGAUCUGGGCUGUGAGGACUACGAGCUGCAGGUGAGACUGAAGCAGCCGCAACGGAAGCGACCCAACACCAAAUCAAAUCAUGUGCCAAAUGAUCUGUUGACCAGUCCCGAUGAGAAUCAUUUUGCUGCCACGCCGGAGCAUGGACCGGCCAAUGAUUACACAUCGUCCGAUUGCGGACAGUUGUUGGCCAGCGAAUUGGCCAAAUGCACUGACAACAGUCGCGUAGAGCUGCUCUCGCAGAGCUCCGUUGAGUUGCCCAUCGGUGAUGGUGCUGAGCCACUGGCGGCUGAAUCGCCGUCGCCGGAAUUGUCCGGCGUCGAGGAUUGGACGCUGUUGGAUGUGAAUUUUGGUGUGCCGCUCUUCGAUGUCGAUACGAAUACGCGGAUCUGUGAGCAGCUGGUGCAUCGUCUCUGCAGCGAUGAUAAUCUGCGCCAGCUGCCCGCCAGCGGUCAGCAUACCCAGCAGCUGUUCCUCGAGUUUGUUCGUCAGUGCAUGCACUUUGAGGAGGAGCAGACAGCGACACAGCUGCGUGAGCCACUGCAGCCGACAAGAAACUUACCGCAUCCACGCAUCAAUCUGGCAUUUGAGAAUGGACGUGUCGGCUCGUGGAAUGGUCGUUAAAAUGCCGACGACAACCUAUUGUAUUCCAGCGAAAUCCAGCAUUCAAACAUUCCAGCACUCUCAGCUUACAAGUAUUUUGUAUUUUUUGUAUGUAUAUCCAAUCUUUUUAUCAGUUGGGCCUUGUACAGUUCGAGCUAGCCAAGAUAUUUAUAUAAAAAAAACAACAACAACAACAAAAACAAGGAAAAAAAUACCUUAUCAACAAUUAGUCAGCUUAUUAGUUCUGUAGAAUUGUGCAAUAUGCAGUCAGAGGCAAGAUACCCAAACAAAAUAACCAAAACAUUAACUGUGUAUGUGUUUCCAAGUUAUUUUAACAACAAAUUAC